AUUAUUAGGCCUUGGGGGAGACGAAUAAGAGGAAACGUGGAGAUGAGAAGAGCAACACUAAACAAACCCUAAUCCCCCGAUCGAUCAUGAGGUUUGUGAGACCCGUGAUCAUGAGGUUUAAAAAUCUCCCCCAAAAAAGUUGCAGUGUUAUCUCGGAGGGGAAAUCAUCUGGGUGUCGUGAUUUCUGUGACAUGCGUAGUCCAGAAUUCGAUAACUUUAAACUUAUUGAAAAGGCCAAGAAGAUGGGAAAUGUGGAUUUAGCCUUGUUCGUGAUGUACGAUUUUUAUCGCCACUGUGUUGGACUGGCUGUGGGAUCUGGUGUUGCCUAUCUUUUGAUUGGCACCAAUUCAGGAGAGGCUGCAGAAAUCGAAGAGGAGUGGAUGAAGAAGCAGCAGCUACUAAAGAGGAAUGAAGAACUCUUGGAGAAAUCUGUUUUGCUCGAUAUCGAAAAAUCGCAGAGCCGUAGCUACCUUGAACAUGCCUACUGUUCUGGCGGACCUGGCCUAACAGCCUUUAUCGGAUACUUUGGCUACAUUUUCUUGGAAGUUCUAGAAGGUAAUCGAAACGACAAGAAAUUUCGGGAAGUAUACAAAGAAUUCAAUCGCAGGGAAAAACUUUUUUAUGAAGAAAACAAAGAGAUUAUCAAGCUACUCGAGGAAGCUCAUGCUAACCGCAGACACUGGUGAACUUCAAGUGCCCAUCGUGUUGUGUUUUGGCAAGUUUGCUCAACUUUAAUAUGUUUUUAUGCUGGUUUGUGCUUUGAGGGGAAGUCUUGUUAAUGAUUCCUCAUAUUUGAGCAUUUUAGCUUGUGUAUCCAACAAGACUUCGUCUUUAUCCUUUCAUCCUUUGUUUCUGCUCUAGACCUUUUACUAGACUAUAAAUUGAUUCUCGCCAA